GAUUCUUCCAGAGAAGUGGCGAGCGAGAGACAGAUAUAGGCAAAGCGAGAGCUCGCGGCGAAAGAGAGAGAGAAGGGGAAAGGGUUAUUUGCAGAGAGGAGUUUCUCAGCCAUGUCUUCAUUUUUGCAAUCCUUCUUAAAUCCAAGGAAGAAUUGGCUCGCUGCACUACACAUGAAAACGGUUUCCAAUCGUCUGAGGAAAUACGGUCUCAGAUACGACGACCUGUAUGAUCCACUGGAAGAUCUGGACAUCAAGGAAGCACUGGCACGUCUUCCUCGUGAAAUUGUCGAUGCGAGGAAUGCUCGCCUCAAGCGCGCCAUUGAUCUCUCCAUGAAACACGAAUACCUUCCUGAAGAUAUGCAGGCAGUUCAGACCCCAUUUAGGUACUAUCUUCAAGAUAUGCUGGCAGUUGUGAAGAAAGAGAGAGCAGAACGCGAGGCAUUGGGAGCAUUGCCCCUCUAUCAGCGUACCAUCCCCUAAUUGUAUUUAAGUUGCAGCUGUUGAUCAGAACAUCCAAGGAAAUAAGGAUAAUAUUUCUGGCAGAAGCUUCAGUGGACGACUCUGCAAGCUAAGAAAUUGGUUCGUCUUAAUUUUUCUCAGAAGAAAACUAUAUGGCUUUUGUUUAUUUCCUUUGAUGUUUGUCAGACGUGGUUUGCUUUGCUCAUCACUGUUGGCAUAUCUUGGUAGGCUUUCAACUACUAAUAAUGUACAUCUGGCAUUUGUUAACUUUGCUGUUUAAUCAACUUGUGCAAGUCAUAUUUGUUUGGGCUAGAUUCGGAUAUUUUCAAAUUAAACGUUCUUGGAUUGUGGA